AAGUUGCAAGAUAUAUAUUAAAAACUUGGCCUUUUUAUUUUUAGUUCACUAGUUUCAGAGUAAGGUGUUUUUUUUUUUGUUUUUUUUUUUUUUUUUGACAAGAAGUUUCAGAGUAAGUUAUUGUGGAUAUGUGAUACCGUUUCAUACGAAAUUUAUUAAUUAACACUCCAACUACUAUUAGUUUCGUGAAAUUUUGAGUAACAAUCCCAACUCAUAGAGUCAUAGUUAUUCUAGUAGUCUAGUACUAUCUCCGGUUUGUUCCUCUUUUUCUCUCACUCCUCUCAUCGGAGAAGCUGCCAAGAAUCAAGUUGCCUUCAACCCAACCAACACUAUCUCCGGUUUGUUCCUCUUUUUCUCUCACUCCUCUCAUCUUUUAUAUAGUAGAGAAAAAAAAUACUUCCGCUGCUCAUAAAUACUCGCAACGUUUGAUACUUUUACACUAUUUACAAAUAAAAUAUAUCAUGUGGGAUCUUGUUAGUUUCGUCUCAAUACGUAAUUUCAAAAUAUUAACUUUUUAUAAUUUUUGGUUGAAGAUAAUUCAAGAUAUUGACGAUCUAAAUUGUGCAUUGGCAUGUGAAAUAUUAAUUUGUGGGAUAUUAUUAAAUUUUUUAAAUAUGAAAUUUUAUAAUUUUUAUUAACACGUAAUUAGAAUUAUUAACAGUCAAAACAGUGUGUAAUAGUUAAUAGUCAUGUUUGUUAAUAGUGUAAAUUGAAUGUUAAUAGUGUUUGAACAUGUCUUUGUUAUAAUAAUUAAAUUUGAGUUAAUAUGAUUAACAAAGGCUUAUAAUAAAAUUACGUAGAAUCUCUUUAGCAAAUUUGUUUUUUUUUGGGUGAAAUCUUUAGCAAAUUUACAAGGACGAUUAAUUGAAAUUGGAAAACAAAGUUAAAAACCAUAAAGACACCUAUUUCCUCGAUUUGUUAAUUUUCUUUUAGUUAUCAAUGCACAACUUUCACCCUUAAUGAAAUUUUUAAAAAAAAUUACAAUUAAAUAAUUUGCAGCAAGUUAUGACCUUCACCGCAGAUGUUAUUUUUCUCAAAAAAAUUAGUUAUUUUUAUUUUUAUUUCUUCAUAAUCAAAGAUUUGAAUGUAAUAAAUACAUAAAAAUCGAAUCAAAUAAAAAUUUUAGCUAUAAUAGUAGCAUAUCAAACAUUCUGUAUAAUCUUUUAUAUCGUUGUGAUUUACAACCUGAGGGUGUCUAUCUAUCUACUUGUAAUCUUUUAUAUCGUUGUGAUUUACAACCUCGUGGAGGGUGUCUAUCUAUCUAUCAAAGUAGUGUACGUCCGAGCAUGUUUACAUGCUGAUUGUCAAAGCAAUGUAUAUGAAUAUCGUCUUAACUAAACAAAAACAUGUAAGACUUCUCUAACAUCAGUCUUGUUUACAUGCUGAUAAUCUAUUUUUACAGAUGCAAAGAGACUAAUCGGAAGAAGAUACAGUGAAGAAACAGUACAAAAAGACAUGAAAUUAUGGCCUUUCAAAGUUAUAGACGGUACAGAUUUAGGUAAACAAGACCAACCAAUGAUCAAGGUAAUACACAAUGACGAGAGGAAAGUAUUCUUACCCGAGGAAAUAUCAUCAAUGAUUCUCAAGAAGAUGAAAGACACAGCCGAAUCAUUUCUCAGCACACCGGUAAAAAACGCCGUCGUCACUGUUCCGGCAUACUUCAACAACUCCCAACGGGAAGCAACGAAAAACGCCGCCACCAUUGCAGGGCUCAAUGUGGUUCGCAUCAUCAACGAACCAACCGCCGCCGCCAUGGCUUAUGGGUUGGACAAAAGGGGUGCAACCAGAUUCAGCCGUGCCAUUAAUGUUUUGAUAUUUGACCUUGGUGGUGGGACGUUUGAUGUUUCGUUGGUAUCGAUUAAAAAGGGUGAAGUUAAGGUAAAGGCUGUAGGCGGCGACACCCAUCUUGGCGGUGGAGAUUUCGACAACAGGGUGGUGGGACAUUUUGUGGAGGAGUUUAAGAGGAAGCAUAAGAAGGACAUUAGUGGUAAUCCCAGAGCUAUCUAUAGGGCGGUUGAAGGCGGCGGUGGAAAGAGCGAAGAGAACACUGUCGUCAACUCCGGUGACAACCGUCGAGGUUGACUGCCUUUUUGAAGGUAUUGAUUUCCGAUCAACCAUAACUCGAGCUUGUUUCGACAAUCUGAACAUUGAUUUGUUUACCAAAUGUAUAAAAAUGGUUGAAAACUGUUUAAAAGACGCUAAAGUGGAACAGGGUGGUGGGACAUUUGUGUGUCACUUUUUUAAUGGUACUAUAUAACUCUAUAAGGGUGUCACGACUGUCACCUAGGAUAACGACUUAUCAAAUUGUUAUAGCUAUAGUAAAAAUAAUUUUAUUUUUUUUUGAGAUUUUAUAGUUGUAGUAAUAUAGCACGAAGUAUUUCUUUUUAACUCGUAAUAAAAAUU